GGUUUGAAACAGGAAAAUUUGGAGAAGUCAAAGAGUCCCUCUUCAGCAGAUAAAGUUGGCUGGGUCAAGAAGAGCAGUGGAGGGCUUCUGAGUCUUUGGAAAGAGCGUUACAUCCGGCUCAGUAAAACCCAACUCUUGGUAUAUGAAGAUGAGGCGGAACAGAAAUGUGUUGAGAGUCUUGAACUGGAGCAUUACGAUAGAUGCCAAGAUUUGCGAGCCCUCCUGAAAAGGAAAAACAGAUUCAUUUUAAUCCAUUCUCCAGGUUGCAAGGUGCAAGAUAUCAAAUUCCAGGCAUCGACCACAGAAGAAAAGGAAUUGUGGAUGAAAGCAUUCAAUGAUGGCAUCAGCCGAGGAAAGAAUAAGAUAUUUGAUGAGGUAAAAGUGGAUGAGAGUCUUUCUUUGGAUCACGUAACUCGAGGCAGAGCCAAGAUAGUGAAGGGCCGUCGUCCGCCAACCAGAAGCCAUUUGAAAGAGGUGGCUAGUUCAACGUCAGAUGGGAUCCUGAGACUUGAUUUAGAGGUACCAGACAGUGGACCCCCAAACAGCAUCCCAGUGUCCCGUGAAACUGCUGAUGCCCCCCCUCCAAAGGAGGUUCAUAAACCUCCCAUGCCCCCCGCAAAAGUGCCCAUGCCUCCCACGGACAACCUAAGUGCCAAUCCUACCCCAGAAGAUCCGCAGGUCAGGAAGCCACCGAUGCCUCCAGCUAAACCUCUUAAGGAAGUAGCAACAUCCAGCGAAACGGUGAACUCUGUAGAAAUAAGUGAUGCGGAAGAGGACAAGUGUGAGGACUCUGAAGGGACUCCAGCUGAAGAGGAUUUGGUGGAAACCAAACCUCCAGUACCUCCUCCAAAGAUUUUAUCUGACAAAAUGAAGGUGGGAUGGGACCGUCCAGGUUCUGAACUUCACGACGUUGAAGCUGAGAACUCCCCUGGAUUAAACGAGGAAGCAGUCAAACCACCGACUCCUCCUCCUAAGGUUUUUAGAGCCAGCUUGAGCUCUAAGGAGAACGACGCACAGGUAGACAUUGCUGAAGGGGAUCGGCAGCCUGAUGGAGACUCAAACCUUGACGUCAACGGCGUUGAUGACAACGGAACAACGGAACCUGUUUUCCCAAAUGGGAAGGAGCAGGACGAGUCUUCCUCAGAGCAAGGAACCAAGAAAGAGGUGUUGAGCCUGCCUUCUGAAGAUCAGGUUGACAUAGUGGAGCCCGUGGGAGGUUCUCCGGCAACGAAGCCUCGCAGCUCCUCUCUGGGGGCCUUGCUUUCAGAAUCGCCCAAAAAGCCUCCUCCACGGCCAGAUUUCCAGAAGAUGUCUAUAUUCCACGUGGCACAGAUGGAGAAGAAAAUUGCUCAUGAAAAGGAACAAACUGAAAAGCUCCUGCAGAAGGUUCAGGUUGAAGAGCUGGAGCAAGCCCAGAAGGACCAAGGGCCUUCAGCGGAUGCAAAGGAGCUGCUCAACGAAGCAAGCGAGCAACUCCGGCAAGCCACCCAGGUCUUGCAAGAGGUCAAAGAUUUAGGGGAACUGAGAAGGGAACCUACCGGUUUGCGUAAAGGAGUCCCAAAGGACCUAGUGACUGUUUAUAGGAGAAGCGCUCCUUAAGAAGGAAC